CCCGUCGGUGGGAGAAAAUGUCUUGUGACUGCGUGUCAUCCCAUACCUCAAAUUCAAUUACUCAACUGUGAGGGGAGAAAACAGCAGUGUUUGAUUUGUUUUUUUAGAUUUCCAGUCCUGCGGUAAACACACUGGUCAGGCUGUGGGAACACAAACAAGGUCCCUUGUAAGAAGAAAGUGAAUUCUAGGAACAAACACUCAACAAAGUGACAUGCUCCAUCCAUCAGCCAGCUGAAGGGACUGCCUAUAUUUGGAGAAAAAAACAGAGGAUGAGUAAGAAAAGGAGAGCGUGGUUUAGGGCGGGAUAAAGAGCCUUAACUGCAUCUAGUAAAAGCAAUACUGAGAGACAACAGUGUACUGGUUGGGAGUGGAGCAGAGUCAGGGGGAGUGAGGCUCUUCUCUGUAAGAGCAUUAGCUGUAGAGUGUUCUGGUAGUGACAGGGCUGUCAGGGUCAGAUGGCUGCUCAGCCUGAUUACACCGGCUCACAGCAGAUCUUCAGCCACACACACUCCACCACUACUGCCAGUUAGAGCAGCAAACUGGCUCAGACAAGACAGAGCGCUUCCUCACACCUGGAGAGAGAGCUUCACUGUGGAGGAGAAACAGCCGCAGAAGUGGAAGAACUUUGAGGACAGGGACGAGUGGAGCGAAUUGCUGGUUGAUGGAGUUUGUGCGGCGCAGUGGUGACUACUGCCACGCUCAACACAUCUAGACACAGAUUGGCAUGAAUCCGGACCAUGCUGUCUGUGGACCCUGAAUCUUAAACAGCCGCUGUCCACCGUACCAUCAGCCCAUGGGGUAACCAGCGAGGAUCUGACUGGAGAGGAAGAGCUACAGAGAGACACUGGAAGAAGUGAAAAUCAGGCAGAGCGACAGAGACUAACACACAGAGGUGGUCACACACAGUGUUGCCUCCUGGACUCAAGUGUUCCGUCAUCUGAUGGGGUAAAAGUGCUGUGGAUCACAGGACCUUUAAAAAUACCUUUCUCAAACUGAGCUGAAGGAGAAGCAGCGGUGACCUGCUGUGAACUCGCCAGAGCAGCUGACUGUGCAGCUGAAUCUGAAGAAGUCAUCUGCUGGCAUCUGAGUUCCAAGUGGCCAGAAUGAACCGUCCAGCUCCGGUGGAACUGUGCCACAAGAACAUGAGAUUCCUCAUCACACACAACCCCACAGACAGCACGCUCAGUUCCUUCAUCGAGGACCUGAAGCGAUACGGAGCCACCACAGUCGUCCGGGUUUGUGACGUCACCUACGACAAGUCGCCACUGGAGAAAGACGGCAUCAACGUGGUGGACUGGCCCUUCGACGACGGAGCGCCACCCCCUAGCAAUCUGGUAGAUGACUGGUUGAGUCUGUUGAAGAAGAAGUUUCAAGAGGAUCCAGGAUGCUGCGUGGCUGUUCACUGUGUGGCCGGACUCGGAAGGGCUCCCGUGCUUGUUGCCCUCGCUCUGAUCGAGAGUGGGAUGAAGUAUGAGGAUGCCAUUCAACUCAUCAGACAGAAGCGUCGCGGAGCCAUCAACAGCAAACAGCUGACUUACCUGGAGAAAUAUCGAUCCAAGCAUCGACUUCGCUUCAAGGACUCUCACGCUCACAAGAAUAAAUGCUGCACCAUGUGAACCCGAGCACACUUGCACAGAGACAUUGUUACCCCUCAACAACAAGGAAAGCACUCAGGAAUCAAACCAUUAAAGCCUUGUGUCACAGUCACACACAUUCAGAUGAGCAAGAGCCAGACAGCCUCCUCCAUGGCUUGGUUGUUUGUAAACUAUUUUCUAUCUUCCUGUUUGCUCCAUUGUACAGUUUUUGAUUUAGUUUUCCCAAAAUUUCCCAAAAUAUGUGAAGUUUUUAACUCAAAAUUAAUCAGCCGACAUUUGGAAUUGUACAGCUAAGAAUAUUUGCUUUUUGCCGCCGUGGCCAGACUCACUAAUCUUACACGGAUUAGGGCUUAUCUUACUGCUGUUUUGCUUAUAUUUAUCAGGUAAUGGGGAAAAAAACAUUCUUGUAGUUGCAGCAUGCUGGUAUCUAUGAAGCCAUUUGUUUGAGUUUGUAAACGCAACAGUUUUCCAUUUGUAUAUUGUUAACCAGCUUCUGCCUCUGCAAAACAUUUCUAUUAACAGAUUGGCACAUACUCGCACAUAGAAACAAAGGAUGCAAUAUUUCCACCGAAAUUUGAUGGUAUUUACGAAUUAAAUAUGACUGAAUUUUGAGCAAAUAUCUGCAAGCCAGAAUCUAAAAGAACAUGUAUCAAAAAAUACAACAACCAACUGGUUAUUGGACGAAAAUAAUUUGUACUAUUAUGCUGUUGGAAUCUUCAUAUUCAGUGAUUUAACUUUUGUUUUGUCAGCAUAGAGUCUGGUCCGACAUUUGGGCUUAUGGGUGAACAUGUGAAUUCAUUUGAUCUUGCGGUUGGUUUGCACUUGCUUCAAAAAUGUGUUUGGUGGCUGACACUGCUGCUAUUUUUGGUGAAUGGCAUGGGCUUUAUCUUUUCUAAUAAAAUCCCAUAAAUGGCUUUCAGUUCUGUCUGGAUUUAUUUGGUCUGUUCUCUGUGUGUGUUACCUGGUAUUAAAUAAUAGGUCCAACUUUACAUAAU